UAGAAGCGACGGAUGACUGAAGUUUGUGUGAACCUGAACUAUCAUGCCAGAACAGUGCUGCAAUCAUGUUUCCAGAUUACUGCCUUAAAUCUCGCUAAAUCUUAACAUACUCCAAUAACAUAAACGUAUAUGUGCAAAUGACUGGGAAAUGGUGAAUUGUCGAGGCGGAAAACAACUGACCUGCUGCUGAGUCAUUAGCUAGCUAGUCAAAGAAGCUUUAGCUAAAAGGCUAACAGAAGUUCACUUGAUCUGACUGAAGAAAAAACACCUGAACUCUGUCUUCUACAGCGCGAGUGAUCCUUUAGACCUAAAACUACCGACAACACGUUCAUAAAUGAUGAUGAACUUCUGGUACAGACAACACUUUGUUGCUCUGCACACCGGGUACUUGCAUUGAUCGCUGCUCGAUGGGAAAAGUGUAACCAUGUUCAGUUUCGAGGGAGAUUUCAAGAGAACACCCAAGGUGUCUCUUGGGGGUGCUAGCAGAAAAGAGGAGAAGGCAUCACUUCUUCAUCGAACACAAGAAGAAAGAAGGAAAAGGGAGGACGAGAGGAAAAGACUAAAAAAUGCAAUCAUCAUUCAGUCUUACAUAAGAGGAUACCAAGACAGAAAACAGCAAUAUGCCAUUCAGAGGGGCUGCUUUGACCGCUGUGCGUGUCAGUGCCAGUCAGGCUCUGGCCCUCAGCUCACAGACGGUGCCAUACUCAGUCAACUUGCUCGCCAGCUUCUCUUUUUUUACAGACUAAGUGAAGACAGACCCAGAAUGAUCUGGAUGUGCCAGAGUUUGGUAAAGCAUCAUGCUCAGUUCGUCAAGCUGCUGACGGGGCCAGAAAGACAGAGCUGCCUGUUUCAGAUCAAGAGGAUACUGGGGCACUGUUGCAGGUUAUUGCAAGCAUGUGAAGAUUCCAGUCUGAAUGUGACCGUCCCGAUGAGGAUGCUGGAGGUGUUUUCAUCUGAGAGAACCUACUUGCCCUUUCUAAAGGAUGAAAACUAUGUCGCUGCACUUAUGGAGCAAAUAUUGCACUAUAUGGUAGAGAAAGGAUACUACAGAUCUCUGUAUGUGUUAGUGAAUCACAAGUUGCCGUCGAGUCUAGAGUACAGUGAUGCCCCUUCCAUUCCACUGGCACAAACGCUGCUGGAGCACACGCUCAAGCCUCUGCACUUUACAUACAGCUCCUGCCCCCCAGAUACCAGGCAGUUUGUUUUUUCAGCCUUCACCGAGGAGUUCAUUUCAGCACCUUUCACUGAACAAAUCUAUCAUUUCUUCGUGCCAGCUUUGUCAGACCCAAAACUAGCUUUCCCAUUUCAGAACUUCCUUUGGUCACUUCAGGCCACCAUAGCCUCCUCUGUCCGGGCCCGGGCUCAGGCUCCAUGGCUCUUUUACUUUGUGCUAACAGUUGGAGAAUCAGAAUUGGGUUCUCUCUCCGAAGGAGGGUUGCUGUUGUACUUGAAUGCGCUCCAGACUCUGUUGCCAUUGUUGCCAGUGACGGAGUGCAACAGUACAGCUGACAUCAACAGUGAUUCAGAAGAUGAAGAAGAAAUGACCGUACAGCGUCCUGCUGCACAGGAUGGCAGUUGGAUAUCUGUGCAUUAUAUAACAGCGGAAUGUGUUCAGAAGAUGGACACCAAGCAGCAGACUAAUGCCCUGCUAACAUUAGUUUGGAGAGACACGGCAAGUGAAGACAUCUUCACCAUGAUGGCCUCCAUCUGUCACACACUGAUGGUGCAACAUCGUAUGAUGGUGCCCAGAGUCAGGCUUUUGUACAGUUUAGCCUUCAAUGCCCGCUUUCUUAGACACCUUUGGCACUUAAUCACAUCUAUGAAGACUAAAAUGAUCACAGGCUCUAUGGUUCCCUUGUUGCAGGUGAUGUCUCGAGGAUCUCCAAUGUCUCCGGAGGACUCCAACAGGAUCAUUCCUCUCUUCUAUCUCUUCAGCUCACUCUUCAGUCAUUCACUCAUCUCUGUGCACGACAGCGAGUUCUUUGGCUCAGCAGAUGGUCAGAGCCAGUCGUCAAUGAUGCCCUUCUCUCUGGCGGAGUUGGUGACAUUGUCUCGCUGUUUGCGGGACGCGUGUCUGGGAAUCAUUAAGCUGGCCUAUCCUGAGACCAAGACGGAGCACAAAGAGGAGUAUGUAGCAGCGUUUCGCAGUGUCGGGGUGAAAACUAACAGCCAGGUACUGCAGCGCAUUCAAGCUCAGCAGAAACGAUGGGUCCAGCUCUUUAAGGUGAUUACCAACCUUGUGAAGAUGCUGAAAGCCCGAGAUAUUCGAAGACCGUUCUGUCCAUCAGGUCACUGGCUGUCUCAUGAGGUCAACAUCAGAGCAGAUAAGGUGACUCAGCUCUAUGUGCCCUCUGCAAGACACGUGUGGAGAACCAGGAGAAUGGGACGCAUCGGACCGCUUCAGUCCAAUUUAGAUGUUGGACUGGAGCCUCCACCAUUGUCCGUAUCAGAGGAGAGACAUUUGGCAAUCCUCACCGAACUUCCGUUUGUUGUACCCUUUGAGGAGAGAGUGAAGAUCUUCCAGAAGUUGAUCUAUGCUGAUAAGCGUGAAGUGCAAGGAGAGGGCCCUUUUUUGGAUGGCGUAAAUCUCACCAUUCGAAGGAACUACAUCUAUGAAGAUGCUUUCGACAAAUUAUCCCUCGAAAAUGAGCCUGAUCUUAAGAAGAGGAUCAGGGUUCAUUUGCUCAAUGCACAUGGGCUAGAUGAAGCUGGCAUUGACGGAGGAGGAAUAUUCAGAGAGUUCUUGAAUGAGCUGUUGAAGUCGGGCUUUAAUCCUAACCAAGGCUUCUUCAAGACAACUAAUGAAGGUCUUCUCUAUCCGAGUCCCACUGCCGAGAUGCUUAUGGGAGAAUCCUUCACCUGGCAUUACUACUUCCUUGGCAGGAUACUGGGAAAGGCGCUGUAUGAAAACAUGCUAGUGGAAUUGCCAUUUGCAAGUUUCUUCCUGUCCAAGCUCUUGGGCACCAGUGCAGAGGUGGACAUCCACCAUCUGGCCUCUCUAGACCCAGAGAUGUACCGAAACCUGCUCUUCCUCAAGAGCUAUGAAGGCGAUGUGGAAGACCUUGGACUUAACUUCACUGUGGUCAACAAUGAUCUCGGGGAGGCUCAGGUGGUCGAGCUCAAACCAGGUGGAAAGGACAUCCCGGUAACCACAGCCAACAGCAUAGCCUACAUCCAUUUAGUGGCCGAUUACCGUCUGAACAAACAGAUCCGAGCACACUGCCUGGCCUUUCGACAGGGCCUGGCCAACGUGGUUAACCUGGAGUGGCUGCGCAUGUUUGAUCAGCAGGAAAUUCAGGUACUGAUUUCUGGUGCACUUGUGCCCAUCUGUCUGGAAGACCUAAAGAAAUUUACCAACUACUCAGGAGGUUAUACAGCAAAUCAUCCAGUGAUCAAACUAUUCUGGGAUGUGGUGGAGAGCUUCAGCGAUGAGGAAAAACGCAAGCUGCUAAAGUUUGUUACGAGCUGCUCACGGCCUCCGCUCUUAGGCUUCAAGGAGCUGUACCCGGCCUUCUGCAUCCAUAACGGAGGCACUGACCUGGAGCGUCUCCCUACUGCUAGCACUUGCAUGAACCUUCUCAAGCUGCCGGAGUUCUGUGACCCUCAGCUAAUGCGAAACAAGUUACUCUAUGCUAUUGAAUCCUCUGCUGGCUUUGAGCUCAGCUGAGGAAUACUUCAUCUCCUUGAUGGCCUUCAAACCCAGACAAGAAUAUUCGUCUUUUGUCGUGGUGACCAGAUAGAAAAUGAUCAGAAUGGACAGACAGAGCGUCUGCUGUGGAUCUACAGUGAUUUACAGAAGGUGUUGGGGCAUAUAAAAACAGAGUAACAGACCGUUUGAAGCUGUGGCACGUACCAAUAUAUGCUCCGUUUUAUUUUUACUUCAAAGAGCGUAAACUUGUACAUAAUGCAUUUAUAAUUUCAAAGCAACUUCCCAGAAUGCGUCCAUUGAGCGAAAGCACUAACAUUAAACAGGAAGAUCUAAAUGUUGGAGAUACCGAAAGAAUAAAAUGGCAACGCAAAAUUUACUUGUAGAUUUUCCUUGGUUUUGCAUUGCUAACUUCAAGAGGGAAUGUUUUAAGACCAUGUCAUUUUACGGUUUCAACUGCUCUUUGUCACCAUAGUGCUGCACAACUUGAGUGUCUACCAAUAAAAUGCAUGCAUUAGCCUCGCUAACUCAAGAACAAGCUAAACAAGCUUCUCCAAUGUAACAGCAUGCCUGAAACUUCUUCAGUACAGUAUACUAAAGAGUUGCCUUGGUUUUAUGUCACACCGCUUCAGCUAUACACACCUUGAUACAAGUCUUGCUAACGGUAGACCAUUUGUUGAAAACUCUGAGCUAUACAUUUUCCAGACUAAAAAUUAUUUUAUGGCUAAUGUGCCACCAACAAAAGAGUUUAAUAGAUCAGAGUCAUGGCAGGAUGUGUGAAGGUUAACGGGUGAAUGGGUAGAACAGUAGCACAGACAAUGGUGUGUAGUCAUCUUGUUUUAAUCAUGUAGUAAUGAUGACUUAUUUACCUAAAGAAAGUUACAGUACACUUCACUUUGAAAAUACAAUAGUGACCAGCUGCAACUGUCCUGUUUAUGAGAUUUCAGGCCUCAAAUAUAUAUGUGUGUGUAUUCCACACAUUGGGCUUUGCCAUUAUAGCGAUGGAUAAUUAUGCUAAAAAAAAAUUUUUUGUGCAAUAAAAUAAAAAUGGACUGAUGACUUUUAGGUUGUUUUUAGAUAAGUAGUCCAAGGGGAGAUUUUUAAGUGAAACAGAAUUGAUCAGUGAAGGAAGAGUGUGACUUCAAAGCCAAGGCAUGUGUACUGGACACUACUACAACAUCUGCUGUUGCUCCGAACAAUUCAGUAAACUAAAGUGGAGUGAAGUAUGUCAGCAAGGUUGGUUGGCAGAGAGCUGAUGAUGAUGGAUAUGUGAAUAUGUAUAUGUCUACAUCUUUUAAUGUUCACACAGCAUUUGUAUAAGAUUUUAAAUUUCUCUCUUCACCUUCUCAGUAAUAACCUGUCUCCCAACAUCUGUUCAGUGAGGAAUGUGACAUCAUGCAGGUGCUGAACAUCUGAUUGUUUACAAACACUGAUGUGCAGAGUUUGUCUUGAUGUUGGUGAUGAGAAAGGACAAGCAAAGUUUGUGGAAAGAUGUACAUUUACCGACUUUAAGUGCAGGUGUUCAGUCGAAGUAUCAAAGAGUGUAUGGCAAUGAUUAAAAUAUGUUUUGAGUUUUUAUUUGCA